AUGUCCAACCCGUUGGUAGACAGGAUUCUUAGCAACCCGCUCACUUUUGUGGCGGCAAAACAACCAGAAAAAGAGUCCUCUGCAGAAAAGCACCCGUCCUACAUUGUACUAGGCAACGAAGAUCACCGCAAGCAUGAUAGCAGAAACGACGCCUCUUUUUUGAAACCAAAGAAACAAAACGUGGCCAAAGUGAAGCCUCGUUCAAUGGCUGACACCAUCGCUGCAUACACGGGGAGAAAGUAUAUGAGUAAAGCAGAGAAGAAGGCGUCCAAGAAGGCAGCUAGGGAAGGUGCGAAGCAAGGAGAAGAAGAAGAUGCACAGAAAGUUGACUCAAAGUCACUGGAUGACGAAAGCCACAGCGACGACAGCUCCAGUGACUCAAGCUCUGAGUCUCACUACGAACUGGCUCUGGAAUUCCAUACCGAUCUGUCGUUCCAUGGGUUUCGCACCUCAAGCGAUGACGAUGUCAAGUCGGACACUUCGGAAGCCGAGGCGAGCCGAGAAGAGACCGAUGAUGAUGACGUGGCCAUAAAAGAUGACGAUGAUAACGACGAGGAUUCUGAUGAUGAAACUUACGAUGAAGAGGAUGCUGCGGACGACGACAGCAAUGACGAGGAAGCGAUGGACGAUGAGGAUGAGCUGGGCCCAAGGCCUGGUGCAGAUAAAGUAAGCAGCGCCAGUCCUGGCGCUUCGGAGGAGAGCAGUGAUAGCAAGGAGGAUUUGCAUCUGCUUAAAAUGGACCUUUUGGCUGACGCCAGAAAGGCUGACGCCGAAAGGGCCGACGCCGCUAGUGAAGAGUCUCAAGAGCUACAAGUCAAGGCUAAGGCAGAAGCAACCACAUCUCGCACAUUGCUGCUUGGGAAGCACCCAGAAGGACACUUCAAAAUUACAGAACCUGCUAUAGACAGAGGGCUGAACGGGUCUCUGCGGAUCAUCAAGAACUGGACGGCGAAAUUCCGUGGGAAACACCCUGUUGGGCUCCUCAACUUCGGCGUCACUUGCUACAUGAACUCGGCCAUCCAGCUGAUGGUCCACAUUCCAGCUGUCCAGCACUACCUUUUGGAAGUGUUGGAAGGAAAGCACGAGCUUCCGCCUAAAAGUGUUACCCAGACAGUGGCAGAGCUCUCGUAUAAGAUGUGGGGUUUCAAUGGUGGCAACAACAGAGGACCUAACAAGUUUGUCAACCCGAAAAAGGUUAUUCAAAGGCUCUUUGAUAUCAAUUGCAUGAUGAGCGAAUGGCAGCAAGAGGACUCGCACGAGUACUUCAUGAGUUUGAUGUCCCGCUUCCAAGAAGACUCCGUGCCCAAGGGUCGUAAAUUGAACGAGAGCAUUAUGUAUGAUAUCUUCGGUGGUCUUCUACAACAAGAAGUCAUCUGCCGUGAGUGCAACACUGUCAGUACAACCAAGCAAGAGUUUUACGAUCUUUCGCUUGGACUCAACAAGAAGAGAAGAAGCUCAGAAACCGAAGAGAUUCCUUGCGGGCGCUAUUCGCUCGAAAAGAGCAUCAACGAAUACUUUUCAACGGAGCUCAUAAGGAAGGACAAAGUUGAUGAGAGCUCGGGAUACUACUGCGAAAAGUGCAAGAAGCGUACAAUGGCAACAAAGAAGUCUGUCAUCGAACUGAGUCCUGAAACCUUGAUGGUGCAUUUAAAGAGAUUUAAGUUUAAUGGCAGCUCUUCCUCAAAGGUGAAACAACCGAUCAUAUAUCCAGAAUACCUCGACUUGACCCCCUUCACGCUAACAAACCAAUCCACCAAGUACCAGCUCAUUUCAGUGAUUGUACACGAAGGAAGGUCGAUACUGUCUGGACACUACGUUUGUCAUUGUCUCCAGCCCGAUGGUACGUGGUCAACGUAUGACGACGAGUACAUCAACAAAACUGACGAGAGAAUGGCCAUGAGCGAUCCUUCAGCUUAUUGUCUCAUAUACACCAAACUUACACCAAAGGACACUAGUACAACAACCAACGGCAUUAGCAAGAAGAGAAGAAGAGAUGACGGGCCUGUGACCAAAAAGGCCAAGCAUUAG